UCUUUUGUUUUCAAUAUCUCAUUUUAAAGACACCUCUAAAGUUUUUAUCGAUUGUGAGGUUCAUUGUCAAUGUUUAUUUAUUUUACUUAAAGAUCAAUACCCAAAUGAUAUCCACCAGUGUAUGUCAGUUGGAAAAUUGUUCCAUAUUUAAAAUACCUACAAAAAAUAGGUCUCAAGAAGAGCAGCUGUCAACCCGAAUAUGUACUUAUUGUAAUAUGUUACGCGUUCUAAAUUAUAUCAAAAUGAGUCCACGCUUGAUAGGCUAACCUCUGACUUUCAAAAUGGCUGCUAUCGAAAGUAACACGUGUGGAGUCAGUGAAAUAGAUCUAAACGACGCAUCUGACAGUGAAAGCACAAGUCAACACGAUGACGGGCAGUAUUUAUUUGAUUUCACAAAGGAUGGUGACGUAGACGUCUGGCAAGAACAAUCGGAUACCGUACGAGAUGUCGGCAUGUCCAAGGCCAUCUUUGUUAUUCACAAAAAUGUUGGAUUCAGACGAGCUAUAUUUUUUGCUCUUUUAAAUCCUCAAUUAAAUGGAGCCGGUUUUGCUGGAAUACGAGCUAUUCAAACAUACAAUCUUACCGGUUACACAAAGCUACAAAUUAAAUGCAGAGGACAAGGGCAAUUUAAUGGAUUCAAAGUUACUUUACGGCAUAAAGGUUUAAAUGACGAGCCCAAC